AUGUUAGUGGCAUUAAAAUAUAAUACAUCCUCGAUGGAAGACUUUAAGGCAUUUGAAGGGGCAGAUGGGAAAUCAAACUAUGCAAAUGCUCCGAUUGAACAUCCGAAACUUGAUAAAGAAUUAAUUCUAAGGGAAACACAAGAAGAAGUAAGAAUGUUAAAGAAGGUCGGAAGACAUCCGAAUAUCACCUGUCUUAUUGAUAAUUUUGAUACUUAUAUUGUCAUGGAAUACGUUCUAAGGGGAGAUUUGCAUGAUGCCAUUCAACUUGGAAUUGCUCCUGUUUCGACCAGGGAUGUCGUGGAUGUUUUUAUGCAGUUAGUAAAUGCCGUGGAACAUUGCCACAAAAUGGGUGUAUAUCAUAGGGACAUCAAGCCGGAAAAUAUUUUGAUUGCCGAGGACUGGUCAAUAAAGCUAACCGAUUUUGGAUUGGCAACGGAUCAUCUUUGGUGCAAGGAUUUUGACGUUGGGAGUGAAAGGUACAUGGCACCUGAGCUUUUAGAGCACAACGAUAGCGACGAAUAUAGAGCAGAUAAAGUCGAUCUAUGGUCGAUGGGAAUAUGUCUUCUAAACAUUGUUUUUGGAAAGAGUCCAUUUAGAGCUGCAGAUUCAAAGGACAAACUAUUCUUAUAUUUUGCGGCUAAUAGAGAAACUUUAUUUGACAUAUUUCCAACAAUGAGUUAUGAUCUUUUUGGAAUUCUGAGACAUAGUCUUACAAUAGACCCAGAGAACAGGAGCUUAGAACAGAUGAAAGAUGCUUUGAAAAAGAUCGAAGUUUUGACGUAUGAUUAUGAAUUCGAGGAAGAGGAAGAGGCAGAAGAGGAAGCAAAGAUGAAAGAAGCUACAAAACCAUUUGAAGAGAAUUCUAUACGGAAGGAACAAUUUAUUCCAUUAGAACUUCCAACUGAGCAUCAAAAAAGAAAUGAAAGGGAACUAGAACUUGGUCAGUUUAUUCCAAAGUCCGCUCCUGAACAUAGCUUAUUGACCUCACACUUGAAGAAUCUCAAUUCUGAAAAGCAUGAUCCAGCCUCAAAACAAGAUCAUUUGACUAUUGAAAGAAAUAUCCCAGAUACAAUACUGGAAGUGGAAGCAACAGAGAGAGCUAAAAAAAAUUUGAAAAAGGAUAUAUAUGUGGUUCCAAAGGGUCGGUUUCCACAUUACAGAAAACCAAUUAACAUUCCUACUGGAAUUAGGCACAGGGAUCGUUCCAGUGAUGGUAGAGUUAUCAAGAAACCAUUAGAGAAUACAUUUGAUAAACAAUCACCAUUUGCCAGGGAAGACUUCUUUACUCCUCAUUCUGUUUUUGAUCACUACAUGCGGAAAACAAAUCAGCAUAGAAAAUUCGAUCAUCGUGCUCGUGAGUAUGAAAGAAGAUAUUAUAACAACACCUCGGGUGAUACUCAUAGAAACAGAGCCUGGAAACAAAGAAGAAAUAAACAUAUACAAUACUCGGAUAGAUAUAGAAAUGGAAACAGAGUCCAAGGAAGAAGAAAAAAGGUUGCUUCGACACGAUAUUCGUUCAGAAAUAAAAAAUACGACUUAGAUGGAGAUUUGAAUCCAAGGAAUAUUCCGGCAAGUCAUCAAUAUCCAACUUCAUCAUUGUCCAGGUCUAUAAAGGUACCUGUGAUGAACUUCAGUAGUCCGAAUGGAAAAUACAUUCCUCCAAACAUGAGAUGCCGGCCUCCUACACCUCCAUCAAUCUUGAAAUCACACAAGGAGUCUCAGCCCAUACCACAAUCCGAAGAAUUUGCUAUUGAUGAUGACGAUCUCUUCAUGUUCGAGGAAGGUGGUGCGGGAAGAAACAAUAACGACGCAAUCGAAACUAAUCACUCUGUGUGUGAUGAAGAAUUUGAUUCACCGGAUAUCGACAAAUUAUCACAGAAAUUUUCUGAUGAGUGCGCCAUUGAAUCUUCGGACACACAUGGUCACUUACUUGGUUCCCCAGUACUUCACAAAUACGUACCUCCUCAUCAAAGAAAAAGUUUCCAUACACCUGUUCAGCACAAAUUUGCAAGGCGUGACUCAUUUGGCCGUAAACAAAACACACAAUCACUUUCAUCCUCAGUACCAAUUAGGAAACCUUGCUUUUCUUUUGGUCGUCGUAGACCAAGAACUGGUGUUGAUGAUACGUAUAGCCAACGUUCUAGGCCAAAUUCUUUCAUUUCAGGAAAGAGAGAGGCUGAUAAGAUGGUUUCGAAUGACUUUGGGUUGUCGUACAUAAAUCUGGAGGAAGAUGAUGAAGUUAAAAGAAGACAGCUGAAUAGCAAUACUCGUGUACGGUGA